AUGGACAAAAAGAUCAACAAUUGGAUGACAAAAACUCUAUCUUUUGCAGGAAGGCUUCAGCUUAUCAACUCGGUUCUUUCAGCAAUGCAUAUCUACUGGGCCUCAGUUUUUAUUAUCCCGGCUCGGGUCAUAAAUGACCUGGAGAAACGUAUGCGUCGCUUCCUCUGGAAUGUGGGUAAUAUUGGUAAGGUUAAAGCUAAGGUUGCGUGGAAUGAUGUAUGUCUGCCGAAACAGGAGGGUGGCCUAGGCAUUAGGCGGGUUGGGGAUGUAAACAGAGCCCUAAUCACUAACCAUAUCUGGAGCAUUCUGGUAAAACGCAAAUCAUUAUGGGUGCAAUGGAUCUAUGAUUAUAAAGUGAAGGAUCAGAAUUACUGGGAGAUUCAAUGUAGGGGUAGUAUGAGUUGGGGGUGGAGGAAGAUUCUAUCCAUUCGCAACAUUGUUCGGUCUUUCGUUUGGAAAGUCAUUCGGUCUGGAAGGCAAACAAAUGCUUGGAGUGACAACUGGUGUCACUUGAGUCCUCUUAGGGCGAUGAUAACUCCAAGACGAAUUGCAAAUGCGGGUUUUAACCUCAGUUCUUCGGUUGCGGAUUUGCUUGACAGCAAUGGUCAAUGGAAUUGGCCUCAAGCGUGGUAUGAUCUCUAUCCAGUUUUGAUUGGGUUGAGCUUUGAUAUGCCUAACCCUCAGUUACAGGAUCUAACGGUUUGGAAGGAUUUGGAGGGCAAUCAGCGACAUUUUAGCUCGUUGGAAGUUUGGCACAAUAUUCGUACCCGAGACACUCCUAUUAGCUGGGCGAAUAUGGUCUGGAGGAACGUAAGGGCUAUGGUUGAUAUGGAUACCGUUCCUGGAUCUUGGGCUUCAAUUUUGGCGUGGAUGGAGCAGCACUCGAAUUCAAAUACCUUAGAUCGUGUGGUAUGUAAGUUGGUGGUAGCGGCUGCGACGUAUUUUAUUUGGCAAGAACGCAAUAACAGGCUCUUUAACAGAAUUCAUGGUUCGGUGAGUCAGGUUGCCGAGAAGAUUAAACACAUAGUCCAGCUUCGGUUGAUGGAUUUCAAGCUUCAAAAGCAUGUGGAUUACAACAGAGUUGUGACGAGGUGGCAGAUCCCAGCAAGGGCGCUGAAUGAAGACCCGGGUUAA